UCAAAAUAUACAAAAUUAUUUGUAGCGUUAUCAGCUAUACAGACCGUCAUAUUGAUCUUCCUACAAGUUAGAAUAUUAUCUCGUAAUGUAGCUUUAUAUUUGAGUGAGAUUUAUCCAUUCGUUACAAAUAACGAAAGAAACAUGUGUACUUCAGUUAUUGUCGUUUCCAGAUUUAUGAUGAUAAUUACCGAAGAUGUUAUGUUCAUUUUAUUUAAUCUUUAUCAAUUCUAUUUUUGCUUGAGCACGAUUUUUCAUCAAAACACAAUGCAAAUCUUUGCGAUUAUCAUAAUUAAUAUUGGAUACGUAAUUCUCGGAAUAGUAAAUAAAUUUCAAUUUUUCUACGUUCUCAAAUUAUGUGACAGAAUUAUAACUUCUCAAUUUUUAGGUUCAACUGAUUGAUAUAAAAAUAUACGGAAAUAAAAUUGAAUCAAUGUGCCCGGGACUUCAAUUAAAUAACAAUUUAGUAUUAUAUGAAUUACCUCAUAUUUUAGUCUUAGCGGUCACAGCAGCUUUGAUUGCUACAUUAUCUUGGAAGUUAUAUCAACAAUUUGGUUGGAAUAUCUACAAGAAAAUUGGUGGUGACAUUGAAAUGCAAAAACGAUUUAAAGCAAUACUUAUUUUCAAAAUGUUACUAAAGGUUGAUUUACUUUUCGUAUUUUUAUAUAACGUCUUAAUAUUACCGCCUUUGUUAUAUAUUAUUAUAAAUUCCGAUGAACUUAAAAGAGAACAAAUAAUCCUAGUUUUUGGAUGUUUUGUAAUUACGGUCCUAGUAUUAUUCUUUCAAGCGCUGGCAUAUAAAUCGAUGGAAAAAGAAUGGAAAUUCGGAAUAAUCGCGUUUAUCCUAUUCUGGAUAUUUGUUGUAUCGGAUUUUGCUUAUUUGGCUCUCAAACUUGGAGUCGCAUCAUUUAUUCAAUUUGGAAUAUAUUCUUGGAUAAUAUUAAUGUGCAAUUUCACAAUUUGUGCAUUGUUAACAUUUGCAUAUGCAAUAAUUGUAAUAAUGAAUUUUGGAAAAGGUUUAAGAGAAUAUCUUGAUAAAAAUCUUCCUAAAAAACAAAUACAUGAAGGUUUAAAUAUUUUAUCUGAUGAUGAUGAUAUAGUAAUUGAUAAAUUUAAAGAUAUUGAAAAGGGACAGAGUAGUAGUAGUAAUGUAGAAAGAUUUAUCAUUGAUGAAUAAUAAUUCAGAAUUUAAAAUGUAUAUAAUAUUUGUAUAUUUAUUGUAUUUGUAUUUUAAUAAUUAUUAUUUUAGAAAGUCAUAAUUAUUAAAGGUAAGUUAUAAACAAAUAAAGCUAAACUGACUUCUCCAUAUAAUACUCGGUAUCAAACAAAUUUGGUAAUGUUGUUGCAUAAGCA